AUGCUUCUCGAACCCAUCGAUUCCGCCUUCUCCCCGGCCCGCUCUCUCUUCAAGCGUUGCAAGCAGUGUGAGACCUCAUCCCCCGCUUGUCCCGCGUGUCCCGAUGGAUCAAUAUGUACCAUGACCGCCCCGAGCUGUGAUGAAUGUGCGACCACAAAGUGCGUUUCAACGGGCUCCAAAUCCUCGGGUUCUGGGGGCUCAGACACUGGCGCGAUUGCCGGUGGGGUUAUUGGCGGUGUGGCUGCCAUCGCCCUUAUUGUAUUCUUGGUCUGGUGGUUCGUCAUCCGAAAGAAGCGCCUGGAGCGCCAGGAGGCAGAGAAGAAUGGUUCAUUCGGAGCGGCUCGCAGUGAACGCCAGUCCAUUGCCUCAACAGUCCUAACCCGAGCCUCCAACGUCAUCCAAAUCGCCUACAUUCCUGGUGUCACCAACCGCUCCCCGCCGCAGACCCCAUCCUCCCUCAUGCCUCCUGUUCCACCGCUUCCUGGUGCGACCCCUGAUCAGCACUUCUUUAUGCCCGGUGACCUACGUGACUCGUCAUGGACAACCACUACCGGCCACCAGAGUAUCUCUCCUACUCUACGCAGCAGUGUGGCUACUACCAUCUACCGUAACGAUGCCAUUGUCAGCGCCAUGCCUGCGCAGCAGAUUCAGCGGACUCGUGCAGCUGUAGUGAGCAUCCACAACGGAGGGGCUGGAUCCAAUGCCCCUGGAGAUGACUCGCCCGUUUCUGUCACGGUUACUCCGGCGGACGCACCUGCCGUCCCGGCCAUUACUCCGGCGCAACUUGCCCGGGCGGAGGCUGUCAAGGGCAAUAGUUCAUGUGUGGCUCGCAGUGUAACGGCCAAGCCGGUGAUGGUGCGUGGUCCGUCGGUGAAGAAGAAGCAAACCAAUAACGCACCCGCUGUCGACCAGGUCGAAGAGCUACCUGAUAACAGUAAAAGCGACACAACCCGGGCAGUGUCGGCCACAAACAGCGACCAGUUCAAUCAUAAUGUUUCCACAUUUGAUGGGUCCUCAUCUGGCGAAGAUGACACAAAUCCGUCAUCCACCAACCUGGAAACUGGAUUGUCGCAUGGCCAGACCGACUCACGUCGAGCUUCCGGCUUGAGCGACAGACGCAGCUCCACUCGGACACCACCCAGUCGGGUAGAAAGUCCAUUUUCGGAUGCGAAUGAGGUGAAAUGA